AUGACGUUGGACAAGAUACUGUCGCAGAUGGGUGCGGGGAAGCAUCUUAUGGAGAGAUUUUCAGAGUACGGGGCUCCGGGGCAGGAGCAACUGUUCUAUGGAUAUGAACCUUCAGCGGCCGUGCCGCACGUACACGAACAUGAAGUCAUACAUAAAUUUAGUCACGGAAGCCACCACGGCGGAGGUCACCAAAAAAGCAACGCGGCUAUGUCAGCGCUCACCUUAUUGGCGUUCCUUUUUUUCCUGCACAUCCUACAACAGUGCAUCAAGGACCACAUGACGGCCAUGAGCACCCCGCAAAUCAUGAUCGUCACCGGUGGAAGAGAAGGAGAGAAUAUUCUCAAAAAAUCCGACUCUCAAAAACUGGAUAAAACAGGACUGACGCACGAAAAACGCACCGAAUCGGACGAAAAAAAUAAUAUAUCUGACGAACACGUCGAUGAAAACAUGACGAAAAUUAACACCACGGAACCGCCGAAGGGCGGACUUAGAAAUCCAUACAAAAGUUAUAGUAAUAAAAGUUUACAUUUUAACGGAUUUGUAAGCGCGAUGGACGACGUAUAA